GAGCUAUUGCGUUUUCAACAUCAGUUCUGUUGUACCCAACGAUUCAUUCCCUGGAGAUCUUGAUACGACACUAAAACAAUUCUUGUUUCGUUGCUGCAGUGUCAAAACUGCGAUCGGCUCUCGACAUCAUUUCUUCAAGUUCCAUCCUCUUCUAUACGGUAGUCCCUCUCCUCCUUCAACGAAAGACUGUGUGGAAAAUUGCCCAUCCAGACGACCGCCGUCGCUCAGAUCAUCUUCGCUUCCCCAUUCGCCUCGGUUUACCCUUUUCAGCAUCGACCCAUUAGCAUUUGUCGAGGACAAUAUAACCACAAGGGAGUAUACCCGCACCCUCUUCACUCAUUCACAGUUGCAUAUAAUAGCGUCUCUAUCUAUCAAUAUCACAUAAUCAUAUAAUACGACUCUUUAAUAUCCCGUCAAAAAGAAGCUUGUGUACCAGGGGACUGUUAUCGACAUUAUCCGUCUGCUAAGGACAUUUUCGCUUUCUCAAGCGUGGCUCAUCACCAGCAGCAGCGCAUAAACCAUUAUACUCGUCUAAUUCUGGUCCUUGAUAUAUCCGACAUCUGCAUAGGAUCCUUCAACGGUACAAGAUCACAAUCAAUCACUCAACCCAUUAGCACCAGCGACAUCAGCGUAAAAUUAUCCAAAGCUAUUCACGAUUCCUUUGUGAAGGACGUAGAGUGUGAACGUUGAUCUCCCCGUAUUGGAAUGAGUGCGAGCUUGUGCUGGCAUAUCGAACACAGAUACCAUCGCAAAUCGCAACCAGCAGAGCUGGGAAGCUUCUGUAACCUAGCAACUCAGGCUGCCCCGAUCUUUCAAUCAUACGAUCUGCACUGUUCCUUCAAUCGACCCGUAGCAAAGAUCCUUUGAUAUAGCGCUGUCGUGUUGAAAACGUUGAAAAGCAUUUUGAGGAGAAGCAGAAGUCUGUUGGCACCCUCAAAGUACCAUCGUUCUUGUUCUUCUUUCAGUUACCGCUAGCCGGCCUGUGUUCGUCGUGUAAGAGUAUUUUUGGUUGUGACUCGGUGAUGUCCGCCCUUGACGCUCUUCUUCCCACUCUCCCUCGAUCAAGCUCGUUAUACGUCUCUGACGCACCUCGUACUGUUCCACUUCUCGAUACAAGCUCCUACUCCCCCUUUCCAACCUUCCCUGGUACACUAAAGGCCAGCGAUCCGUAUGGAUUAAAUACGUUCUUGCUGCAUCCUGAAGAUGCUUUGUGGAACUAUGUCGACCCGAUACCUGACCCGCUUGCAAGCACGGCGUCAGGGGAAGAAGAAGAUGAAGGCGAUGCAUCUGCCAAAUCUAGACCGCAAACCGUGAGGAAGCAAAAAUCACUGGGAUUGCUCAGACCGAGCCCUUUAUCCCAACCUCCUAUGGCAGCGGACGAAACGGGAAAGCCCGAGAAGCAAUUGGGGAGAAAGCGGAGCCUCUCUAUGGGUGGGGAAACGAGGCUAUCACCGACCCAACAAAAGGAGGUUGUCGACUCCUUCCGAGUGACGGUUCCCGUGACACCAGUCAGGGAGAAGAGUAAACUGAAAAAAGCAUUCGCUCUGGGGAGGAAGACUGGACGUAAAUCUGAAACCACACCGCCUGUGCUUACCCCACCGGUACCCAUAGUUCCUACCCUGUCCCUGGCUGAAGAUGACACCGUCGGCCAUCCUGUCACACCACUUUCCACGCGCUCCAGCUCAAACUCAACAUUAUCCUCAGCUUCGUCAACGUGUAGCUCGGACGACAUCAAAACUCCUGCUGAAGGUCAACCUGUUGAAGUCAUGAUUGAAGGCAAGGCGUUGGCGAACGCGUUGGAGGAGAAAAGCAAGAAGAAGGGUCGGAGCGUGUGGGGCUGGCUUGGUGGUAGGAAGAUCAAGGGCGACGGAUCUCAAGUUUCGCCCAGGGCCUCAGCCAAGAGUACCCCGAGCUCAAGUACAGCUGACCUCCUCACCGUUCCUCAAAGCUCGCCACCUCAACCAAAAUCACAAACUGUCCUCAACUUCCCUUCCAAUCAAUACCCAGUCGAACAUACGUACCUCACAAAUCAACUCCGUGCAUCAUCCCUCCGCAAGAUUGCUCAACUCAAAGCACCAUCUCCUCAUCCAUUUGCCCUUGCUCUCGCUCGUCAACACCGUAAGCUUCCUGACGAAGUUGCCUUGUCAAUACAGUCUGGAAGACGCGUUUUCCCCAAGAGCGUCAACUCCUUUACAGGACUUGCAGACCUCUCACCCGCUCAAGGCGGUUUGCGUCUGGGCUUGGCGGUGCGAGAUGUGAUGAUCAAACUUGAUAGGGGAGAGCAACCGCAAGGUACGAUCAUGGCUCGUCGCAAUUCCAAAAAGAACCUUGUCCCUCGUCCAAAAGGUGUAUUGGACUUUAUCAAUCGCCCGCCGUUCGAACAGCGUAACUUUGUGUAUUUCCCGGAUGGUGUGUACUCGCCGAUAUCAAUGGCACGACCCGGGUAUGGCGUUUGGGAGCUGGAUUUCUCAGCGUACAUUCAGGGACUUGGAGAGCUUCAUGAAGUUUCAAGCAUGCGUAACGUUGAAAGGGAGUCAAAAGAGUCGUUCAAGGCUAUGCAAGAGGAAAGGAUUGAAGAGGCUGUAGAGGAGAAGGAAGUUGAAGGCGGACAAGAUCAGCAGGCGGCGCUGAUGGCUCUUAUUGCCAAAAAAGCGAAACCUCUUUUUAUUUCCGAUCCACUAGAAUCUCCAUCACCUAGCUCUUCCUCCCCUUGUGUAAGCUCUGAGAACUUGCCAUUUUCAUCAUUCCACCCCACUUCUCAAAGACGUAUCUCCCAGAGCUCUGACGAUGAAGAUGACGAGCCUCUCAGCCUUACCAAACGCCGUUCACAACUCCUUGGUGCCAAACCAUCGCAGCCAAGUCUCAUUCCAUCUCUUGAUACUCGCGUUCACAAUCUUUCCCAAGCACAAGCUACCGGGGACCCCGCUUCUAAGCGUCCGUCUUGCUUGGCGCCCCCUCCAACCGACCCGCAUGCCGCAAUGCUUGAGGUCCAGCGCGCUCGGGAAAGGCGAGAGCUCAACAGGCGAGGCGAGAAUGAAAAGCGUGCGGAAGCAGAAAGGUUGAUGGAGAAGAUGAAAGAUAGGAAUACCAGAGAUGUAUCCAUGAUGGACCUCAAGUCUGCACCCGAUUUGAGCGUCAGGGAUAAGAUGCCACAGCAUAAGAGGGCGUCGAGCAGUGGGAGCAAGCUGGACUUGGCUCAUCUACAAGCUAGUAGGAGCAGCCCUCAGAUGGGGUACCCACCAACUCCUCGACGUUCCAAUACCCAACCCAUGCCAACUGCCCAAGCACACGAUGGACGAAGGCGAAGCGUCAUGUCCCUCGUUGAUUCUUACCCUGCACCCCAAGCCAUGCUCUACGCGCCGCCUUCUAACCCCGGUUCCAAGCGGCCUGAAAUAACCAAAGCCAAGACUGGACUGGAAAGGGAUCAUUCAAAGAGUCGAUUUCACUCGUUUUAUGAGCAACGAGGGGGUGUAAUUAGCACCUCAAGUUUGAACAGGCGCGCGAGUCAGGUGGCGAUGGUGCAACCUCUCCCACAGGAUUAUCUCCAGCAAGGGGUGACUAGGGGAUCCAUGGUAUUUGGGUACGGAGUUUCUGGAAUGGGAGUGGGUACUGGAGAUAAAAGAAGCUCUAGGAUGGCGUGAGCAGCUGGCGAGAGAGGAGGAAGGAAAAGGACAUUUGUCAUCAUUAUCAUCCUUUGUCACAAACUUUUGUACAUUAUUAUAAUCGUUCGCAUCUUCAUGAUGGCUUCCACCUAUUCUAUGUUUUCCGGACUAUUUAGACAUUUCUCACCUUUCGUAGCCUAUUAGAUCACAAAAAAGCCUUGUUUUGUACCCUUUAACGACGUCACCCUACUCUCCAGUUUUAUUUUUUCAUAAAAUUAUAUUUAGUCUGAGUCUGGCAUUCUAUCAUUACCAUAGGUAGGCUUGUACAUGUACGCAAUCCAGUCCAUC